UAAAGGGUGGUACUUUUAUUGUCCUGGGAAAAGCUUUUCCAGGUUCAACAGUAGCGAGCUUGCCACUGUUUUAGAACCGGACUUCCGGGUAAGUAAGCAUUUUCUGCUCGCUGGGGCUGGGGCGCCUGUGGGGGGAUGGGGGGAGCGAUGAAAACCACGGGGAGCCCCGCCUCUUUGAAGGCGUGGCUUUGAGGCUGUGCCGCUCUGUUUCCCGCUCAGGAAGUUUGAACGCGUUAUGUCCCGCCUCCUAGUACUUGAGGUCGUGACCUCUACCGAAGCCUCCUCAAACCCGCGCUCAGGCAGUCUGCUUUCCGCAGUCCCGCCUACAACUCCUGAGGGCGUGGCUUCUCAAGCUUUGCCCCUCCAUUUCCGGAACUUUGACCGCGUUCUAAAGCCCCGCCCCCAAACCUUGAGGGCGUGGCUUCAAGCCGCGUCCCUCCAUCUCUGGGAAUUUUACCGCAUUUGCGCUGCCCAGCCCUAGGUGACCCAAGGAUUCUGAAACUCCGCGCUCAGCGGGAUUCGGCGGUGACCAGCGGGGUGCGGCGCUCAAGCAGACCUGACCUCCCCACCUACGCGGGAUGCCGCACCGGCCGCCGAGGGUCCGCUCCGGGAACAAGCCUCCUCCCGUGCCCGCCAUGGAACCAGCUACCGACGGGCUUUGGGCCCACAGCCGUGCGGCGCUUGCCCGUCUGGAGAAGUUGUUGCGCUGCUCCCGCUGUGCUAAUAUUCUGAGGGAGCCCGUGUGCCUAGGAGGAUGCGAGCACAUCUUCUGUAGUGGUUGUAUAAGCGACUGUGUUGGAUCAGGAUGCCCAGUGUGUCAUACCCCAGCCUGGAUCCUAGACCUCAAGAUAAACAGACAGUUGGACAGCAUGAUCCAGCUUUAUAGUAAGCUUCAAAAUUUGCUACAUGACAAUAAAGGUUCAGAUUCAAAAGACGACACAUCUAGGGCAAGUUUACUUGGUGAUGCAGAAAGGAAGAAGAAUUCAGUAAAAAUGUGGUUUAGUCCUCGAAGUAAGAAAAUUAGAUGUGUUGUGAAUAAAGUUUCAGUACAAACCCAGCCUCAAAAGGCAAAGGAUGACAAAGCCCAGGAAGCCUCAGUGUUUGAAUUUGUUUCCGCAACUCCCCCUGUAGUUGUUUCUACGAGGGCUAAAACAGCUUCAAGAACAUCUGCAAAAAAGCAUCCCAAGAAAUCUGUAGCUAAGAUCAACCGGGAGGGAAAUUUCAGGCCAGAAACAAGGGAUAGUAGAUUUGAUUCCAAAGAAAAGCUGAAGGAAGAGAAGGUUGUCUCCUUUAGCCAAACACUAGUUAUGGAGAAUUCACGGGUAAAUGGCGAAAUAGACUUAUUAGCGAGUGGCUCUGUGGUAGAAUCCGAAUGUUCUGGAAGCUUUGCUGAAGUCUCUUUACCAUUGGCUGAGCAUAUAGUGUCUCCAGAUACUGUGAGCAAGAGUGAAGAGGCUCCUGAGAAGAAGGUCUGUGUAGAAGAUCGUUGUCCAGUAGGGAGUGAUGGAAAUCCCAAAGGCUGCCACAGGCCUCCCACUUCUACUUCUAAGAAAUGUGGGAGCAACGUUCCAAGCACCAGCGGAGAAAUCCGUGAGCCAACAUUGCUUGCAGAAAAUGUAGUGUUGGUUGACUGUUCUUCACUGCCUUCAGGCCGACUUCAGGUUGAUGUCACCCUCAGGAGACAGAGUAACGCAUCAGAUGACUCUCUUAGCCUUUCACCAGGCACACCCCCAUCUCUGCUGAACAAUUCCACUCACAGACAAAUGAUGUCAAAGCCCUCCACAGUGAAGCUGUCUUCUGGUAUUCCAGCCAGGAAAAGAAAUCACAGAGGAGAGACGUUACUGCACAUUGCCUCUAUAAAGGGUGAUAUAUCUUCUGUUGAAUACCUCUUGCAAAAUGGAAACGACCCAAAUGUUAAGGACCAUGCUGGAUGGACACCGUUGCAUGAAGCCUGCAGUCAUGGGCACCUGAAGAUAGUGGAGCUGCUGCUCCAGCACAAUGCCUUGGUGAACACCACCGGCUAUCACAAUGACUCGCCACUGCACGAUGCCGCCAAGAAUGGCCACAUCGAUAUAGUCAAGGUGUUACUGUCCCACGGAGCUUCCAGGAACGCUGUUAACAUAUUUGGUGAGCGGCCAGUGGAUUACACAGACGCUGAGAAUAUAAGGUCAUUAUUGCUGCUGCCAGAGAAGACGGAUUCAUUCUCAACUAGCCAGUGCUCUGUCGUGAACACCGGGCAGCGGAAGAGUGGGCCGCUGGUACUAAUAGGCAGUGGGCUUUCUUCACAGCAGCAGAAACUGCUCAGCAAACUUGAGACAGUGCUAAAGGCUAAGAAGUGUGCUGAGUUUGACAACACAGUAACUCAUGUCAUUGUUCCUGAUGAGGAAGCUCAGAGUACCUUGAAGUGUAUGCUUGGGAUUCUCAAUGGAUGCUGGGUCCUGAAGUUUGAUUGGGUGAAAGCCUGUCUGGACAGCCAAGAACGUGAGCAGGAAGAAAAGUAUGAAGUUCCUGGAGGUCCGCAGAGGAGCAGGCUCAACAGAGAGCAGCUGCUGCCCAAACUGUUCGAUGGAUGCUACUUCUUUCUGGGGGGGAACUUCAAACAUCAUCCAAAAGAAGACCUCCUGAAGCUCAUUGCUGCAGCAGGAGGCAGAAUCCUCAGCAGAAAGCCCAAGCCAGACAGUGACGUGACUCAGACCAUCAACACGGUUGCAUACCAUGCCAAGCCUGACUCUGAUCAGCGCUUCUGUACGCAGUACAUUGUCUAUGAGGAUCUGUUUAACUGUCACCCAGAGAGGGUUCGGCAGGGCAAAGUCUGGAUGGCUCCUUCCACCUGGCUAAUCAGCUGUGUAAUGGCCUUUGAGUUGCUUCCUCUUGACAGCUGAAUGUCGUACCAGGUGAACAUUUUAAGUUGAAGGCGCGUGGUUUGUGAGAACACGGCCAUUGUGAUGUUUGAUCACUCUCGCUUUUAUGGAUAGGUAGAACCAUUCAUAUCCCCCCUCCCUUUGAAUUGCAAAAUAAAAUAAUUGAUAAUAGAUUAGGAAUUCAUUUAGAUGCCUAAACCACUUUUAAGAUUUUCUUGUUGUUGCUCUCUUUCGAGGGUGGGGGCUAUAACUCAAGUCUUAGAGUCUUCAUCAACUCUGGCUGAGGCACAGUUUCCACACUAGGAAUUUACUUUACACGUGGCCUGUGGUUUUGAUUGAUCAUGUUUUUCAGUUUUAUCAACAUCUGUCAAGGAUUAAUAAGUGAGAUAGCAUCAAACUAUUUGAUAAAUCUAUACGUGGCCUGCCACUAAUUUAGCAUCCUUUAGUAAACAGAGCAUCACCAGAUGAUUUUCUUCUGUCCCUUUUAUGAUAUAAAUGUGCCAGUGUGGGUGAAAAGCUCUAUCUGGAGUUAUCUUUUUUAUGUUAUAUUUUAAUUUCUUGUAUUUUCUUGGCUUUCCUUUGUGUUUGUUCAUUUAAAAAAAAAUCUUGUGUAUGUAUUAGGAAAUCAUGAUUCCAAGCGCUAGAUGUUAGUGGCAAAAUCAGCAGUGUGCUUGUGUGCAUGCUUUCAGUAUGCACACUUACUGUCUGUCUACUGUGCAUUUGUGCACACCUAUUUUCUGUAACUUAUUAUAGUGCCACUACUUCUUAGAAGGUCUUGCCAGUUUAGAACACUGUUAAAUGUCAAUUCCUUACAUUAGAAGCAAUCUGUUUUUGGUAAAUCUUUCUGGGAAUUACUAAAAUAGUCCCUGAAGGCUUUAAUCCCUUCUCUAUUCCCUUCCUCCUUCCUCCUUCCUCCCUCUCCCUCCUUCUCUCCUUCCCUUUAUUUGUGAUAGUGAGUAUAGAAGGGAGGAUCUUAUGCAUGCUAGGCAGUUACCUCCUUCAGAACUAUAUCUGCAGCCCACUUUUCUCUCUCUCUGGUGAGCAAAUGGGGGCCUUGCACAUACCAGGGAACUGAGCUCCACUCCAAACCUUCAUUUAUUUGGAGACAUCUUGCUAAGUUAGAGAGGUUGCCCUUGAUCUCACUGAGCUGUAAGUUUUUAUACAGCCUUUAAGUUGGUGGGUAGGCAAAAGUUGGAGAUUGCUUGACUUAUAACAUUUUUGACAUAUUCUACACAAACUCCCUAGCAGGAAAUAAGGAAGUGGGAGUGAGAAGAGCUGCUUGAUAGAGAAGCAGCCACAGCAGGGAAGUAGAGAGGGCCCUCCCUGAGCAUGCGCACACUGGAAGCUUACCCUGCCUCUUCUGAAGGUUCUCAUUGUGAAUGGACAGGCUCUAUACUUUAAAUGGUCUUAAAGAAGAGGAUUCUUUCGUGCAUCUUUGCAUAAGCUAGUGUUGACAGCACUAUGAUGUACAGAAGGAGGUGCUAAGAGAACCAUCUGUUUUGUUUUUAGGAGAACAGGGCAGCUUGAUAAGCACGGGGCAGGGGGAUGGUCAUGGAUGGUGGGAAUCUUCCCAGCUCGGAACUGGGAAAGCCAGUCAUUUCAAGAUCCACUUACCAGGAAAGGUUGAGAUUCUGCUAAUCUUAUGAAAGUAUACCUUGCAUAAAUCCUUCUUUAGCAUACUAUUUUUCAUGCCAACAGGUAUGUUAAUGUGAACACAAUGUUCUCCCCAUGCUGGCUUCCCAGUGUCUUGUCUGUGUUUGACACAAUUCUUUUUAAAUCUGGGGAGUGGUGGAAGGGUAAUGUGGAUUAAGCUGUUUAGGUGUGGGUUUGGGGUAUAGGGCUUGUUUUCUCUUCGCUCGCUGAGCUCCUUCCUCUUGCUCCUGGUAUCUCACCCCUGCUCAGGGUUCUGUUCUCUUUGCUGUGAACUCCUGUGUCUGAAAUGCCUUUGGGGUUCCUCUUCAUGUUUCCUCUCUUGCCUUACCCCCUUUCUCGUUUUCCCCUUUACUGUUAGUAUUACUACUUUUGAGUGCUCUAAAUGCUGAUUUUUAAAAAACUUGUCUGAAACAGAAAUGUAUUCUCAGAAUAAUGCAUAAAAGCACAGGUCGAGCUAUGCAGAAACUUCCCUCCCUUCUCCUACCUUUUCCCUUCUCUGAAUGCCAGGGAGAAGGACGCAGUUGAAGGAAAUAUGCAAUCAAAACAGUGACCAACUCUAAGGACAAAGGCGUGGUCCAAAAGAACUUACCAUUAUCCAAUUAUGUGAACAGCUUCACUGACCAGGGUUAAGAUGCUGCAGAUGUCUUGUUUCUGUAGGGCGGCUUCUCAGGGCUGCUUCAGGGAGGUAAGGAUGCAGUGCACGUGGGAGACAUCUGUGGCCUGCUCCCUGGGCUUAGGGUAAAGUCGCACAGCUGUGCACCCACUUUGGGACACUCAUUAGUGUCCUCACAAUGGCUGUGCUGCCCGGCCGUUUGCCUCCGCUUUCUGUACUGCUCACUGUCUCACGCACGCACCACCUCCCAGCUCCUUGGUUGCUUUCCACGCUGCUUCUUGCCACCAAGAAUUGGCAUCAAGUGCUUCCAGGCGCUGUUUGCUCUUCUCUCCAUUUAUGGAGACUCAGUCUCUGAUCGCGGCGGAUCCACUUUUGAGAUAGCGGCAUAACUGUUGGCCCUUUACUCUCCGCUCGCAUUUGCCGCUUCCCUCCCAUCAGCAGUGUCGGGACUUGGUUUAGGUUACCUUCUAGCACUCGAGGCUGUACGUUCAUCUACAGAAAUGUUUGUAAUUUUUUUUCCUAAUGGAUUUAAACUUAUAAAUCAUUAAAACCAUUUGAGCUUGUA